AUGUGGUCGUCACAGCAAAAUCCCACUGCUUCAAGCAAUGCAAACAAUGCGAAUCCACUUGGGGGGAAUCCCUUUGGUUCUUACACCAAUUUUGCAGCAACACCUUCUCAGCAGCCCAAUAUAUUUGGGACUGCACCGGCACCAGGUCAAACUCAAGGGCCCCCCCCUUCACAACCUUCCAGCUUUCUUAGCAAUAUGGCUACGGGUAAUAAGCCUCAAUACACCCCGUUUUUUGGGUCCACAUCAACAGCAACUACGCCCUCAAUGCUCGGAACAAAUCAAACCCCAAAUCUAUUUGGGGCAUCUGCCGCAACGCCCUCAAUGCUCGGAGCAAAUCAAACCCCAAAUCUAUUUGGGGCAUCUGCCGCAACGCCUGCAUUUUCUUUAGGAUCCUCUACAAUCGGUUCGGGACCUUCUGCCCAGCCUUCAAAUGCAAACAUGGCUAACCCAUUUGCAACAACAUACUCAUCAACAAUCCCAUCUCUUGGAUCGGGGUUUACAUCUGGCUCUACGAACCUUACUCCACUGAAUACCAACGGUACAACUUUGCCAUCAACAGCCUCCCAACCCGCCAUUAAUCCUUUUUUUAGGCCAACCACGCAACCUUUGACGCAGACUUCAAAUUUGGCACAAUCUUCGCCAUUUUUGGUCUCUACAGCGCAGUCCACAGAAGCAGGCGGUAACCAACAGCCUGCCACCUCUGCCUAUGCUCAGCAGGUUGACUUUCAAGCAGAGCCGCAAGAAAAAAUUAACUCGUAUUCAUUUCCUUCUAGCAAGAUCAGCAAGCUGCUGCUUGAUUCCUCGACGCUGGCGUCAAAGUGCUGCAAAUCAACACUUGAUCUUUUUUCGUCGCACUUUUUCCCGACAGCUGCCAUUGAUGCCAUAGCCUUUCCCAACGCGUCGAUUGGAUAUUCUUUUUUAUCAAAACAUGGCAUUGAUGUCAAUGAAUCCGAGUUAAAAAUAUCAAAGAUUGCGGCAUUUUCUUCAAAAGAAAAAGGGCUGCCAGCCCCGAAAAUUAAGCAGCAAGAAAAGCUCCUGUUGCAGGUCCAGCGUUCUCCUAUUGAAUACCAAAAGAGCGUAAAUUUUUGUAGACAAGAGGCCAUCGAAGAUGCGAUUAAAUUGAAGCGAUACAUCUUUUCUUCGAUUACAUCACAUUGGGAUGCUUGCAGAAUGGGCACAAAUUUAGGACAGGCUCUUUCCCCCAUCGUCGUUGCGGGAGAAAAGGAUGGUGUAGAGGCACCAAUUCAACUGCCCUCUCUCAAGUCCAUCAUUACCGACCAUAAGGCUCGAGCUUUUGCAGAAACAAUUUCCGAGCUAAAUGCCUUUCGAAUUUCGCAAGGAAACGCAAAAAUCUCUCCUUUGAUUCACUUCCCCUUAUGCAAUAGGCUGCUUUCCAUCUUGGCUCCCUUUUCACAUGAUCCGGCAGGAUUGAGAGAAAAAUCGAAACCCAAUCCUUCUCCUGACGCCGAAUUCACCCAAUCAGCAAAACACUUCUUUGAGAAGGAAUUUAUCUGCCAUAUGGACCGAAUGAUUAGCCAAAAUCCACGAGAAGCUAUUCUUGGGGGCCGACCAAACCUCAUUGACAAAGUCAGAGCGUAUACGAAUCUCAGGUUAACCCAGCGCAAUCACCACAAGGGCACUUCUCUAUCGACGUCCCUAUCACACAACACCUUUUUUGACGCUGUAGAAAUGUUCCAUGGGGGCGACCCUGGAUCUCAGGACAAUAUUCCGAUUUAUCCCUGGGCUACUCUUUAUUUUUUAAUCAGAGCCGGUGCUGGUAAAUCUCAUCUUUUGGGCUGGGUUGAGACCUUCGAAUCGUAUUUUGUUCGAUCAGACAAGUAUUUCAAAGAUGCGCUUGUUGCGUUUGCUGAAGAGUCGUCUUCAGUCGAUAAUCUCGAUAACAAUCGUCUUGUGGACUUUGUAAGAAAUGAAUAUUUGAGGUUGGAAUCCCUAAGAGACACCACUGAUCCAUUUCGGCUUUUAAUUUAUGGCCUUUUUUCUUCUUCCGCAAGACGAAGCUGUGGGCAGCAUUUUGAUAAAUCGGCGCUAUCCUCUCCACCGCUCUCCAUUAUAUCCACGUUUGAAGAUUGGAUCUGGUAUAACCUGUCAAUUUUGCGUGAGAGCUCUCUUUUAGAAUUCAGAACCACUGUGCAGAAAUUCUCGGCUUCCUAUUUUGACUCCAACUCGAUGGAUGCAAAUAGCAGCUCUUCAAACUAUUUCAAGCUUUUAUUUUACAUCGGUCUGUUUGAUAAGGGCUUGCUUGCAAUGCUUCGAGCUACAGCAGUGAAGCCAACAAUUUUUGUUGAGGCCGUUCAUGUCUCCAUUGCGCUCUUGUAUCAUUUUGAAAGGCUGCCUGGCUUAAAUGUCGACAUUCCUCUGCAUAUAUUGCGCCAGUAUGUGACGCUAUUGACGGCUGCUUAUUCCAAAGAGUCCACAUUUGUUUCCCUGGAAUAUUUAUCCAUCAUAUCGGUGAUGCCUUCAAAGCAAGAGACUUGCUUCAAUCUUUUGGUCGACUGGAUGCUGGCCACCAGCUCGUACAAAGCCCCCUUGGCCUCAAUUAGUGACGAUGGAAUGGUUCAGGCCAAGGGAUUGAAUGUUUCCGGUACUUGCGGUUCGCCAUCCCUUCUGGUGGUUCUUUCUUGGAGGGUUGCCACGCAACUUCUUUCUCGAGCCGUUUCCGAAGAUGAGGAGGAAGCUGCCUUGGGCUUGUUCCAUAUUUGUUCAUCAUAUGAGCGGAUAUUUGAGCUUUUAGCCAAAAAACUGUCGGAUGCCCUUCUCGAUGGCAAGGUUGCUCCUUUGGCGCCGUCGCCCAUUGCUCGCCAGGCAAGGGGUACGCUGAACUUUUACCGCCAGCACGCUCCGGAUCGAAAUUCAUACAAUUCACCACCAUGUCAAAAGUCGAUCUCUGUACUGACCUUGCUUCUGUCUUUAUAUGACGCUCUCUCGAUGCAGCGUAAUUCAUGUUCAGAUAAGGCUCUUGAGAGCUCCAACCUGAUAAGCUUUUCUUCAAAUGACAAGUUUACGGUCCACGAGUCCGUUGUUGAUGCAAAUGGAGCCCCAUCUUUGAAUAGGCAUUUGGGGCUCAUCCUUGAGCUAACCCUCAGUGCCAUGGCUGAGCUAUACAGCCAAUCAACUCGCCCCACCGCGGUUUCCACUUUACAAACAGUACCAUUUUCCAUUCAAGACCUCAAAACCAUGGGGCGCGCCGUCAUGUUAUUUGCAAGCAAGUUUUCAACCAAAAUCGGGCCCUCUUACUUUGCAGCCCUCACGCGUCUUGAUGCCAUGAUCCAAUAA